GGCAGGGCGGGUGGGAAUCGAGGUUCGGUGGGCUGCGCAAGGGUGGAUCAGACCCUGGCUGUAUUAGGCCCGCCUCUCGGGCGGCCACAGAGUCCGCGGGAAGCUCUCUCCUAGCCGGCGAAGCGCGGCGCACCUGCCGGGCGGAAGCUGGUUCCCCAGCCCCCGCGACGGAGUCGUUCCCUCCUGGACAGACUUGCAGCAGUCAGCGGGAAAACCCCGUAUUGGAGCUCCAAAGACCCAGGGCCGAGACUGGCGCUGAUCUGACUGGCACACUCCCCCCAUCCUUUACCCCUCCCCCGGUUUUGACCAAGGCUGAUAACACCGACCUGCCUAAAUUAUUGGGACAGAAAACCGAAAGAAGGACUCUGCUCUGGCGCUCCUGCCCCGCCGGGGGCGGGCCUGGGGGCUGUCCGGGGGCGGGCAGAACAGACGCAGCAUAUGUUCAGAACUUCUGGACUCUGACACCUGCAAGGACGCCUGAGCCAGAGCUGGGCAGACAGUCACCCCAAGGACCCCAGCAGGGAGUUGGAGACUGAGAAAUGUCUUUCCUCCAGGAUCUGAGCUGCUUCUCCAUGGGAAUGUGGUCCAUUGGCGCGGGGGCCCUGGGGGCGGCUGCCUUGGCACUGCUCCUGGCCAACACUGACGUGUUUCUGCCCAAGUCCCGGCGAGCGACGCUGGAGUAUCUGGAGGAUGUAGACCUGAAAACCCUGGAGAAGGACCCAAGGACUUUCAAAGCAAAGGAGCUCUGGGAAAAGAACGGAGCAGUGAUCAUGGCUGUACGCAGGCCGGGCUGCUUCCUGUGUCGAGAGGAGGCUGCAGACCUGUCCUCCCUGAAGCCCAAGCUGGACGAGCUGGGAGUCCCGCUGUAUGCAGUGGUGAAGGAGCAGAUCGGGACUGAAGUGAAGGACUUCCAGCCUUAUUUCAAAGGAGAAAUCUUCCUGGACGAAAAGGUCCAUGUGCGGUGGGCCUGUUGACACAGGCUGGUGGGG